AUGCAGUCAUGGGACUAUCUGACCAAUCUGAGCCCACCAGCCCGCUGUCUGAUAGGUGGGGAUAUCAACGUACGGCAUGAUGCCUUUGAACCAGGGGCAGUGAAUCUGCACCGGGGCGGGGAGCUUGUCCAAUGGGCCAGUGAACAUGGGAUGGACUUUGUGGGAGAGAUAGGGGUUCCGACUCAUGCAGCAGGUCAUGUGAUUGAUCUCACCUUCUCCAAUGUAGCCUUUGCUUCCACUACAGUGCGUCAAGAUCUACACUGCGGCUCAGAUCACCAGUUUAUGAUCACUAUGCUGCCAACAACACCUCAAACACAGCUGAGUGAUGCUCGCAUCAAGAUCACAGACUCUCAGCUGGAGCCCUUUGCAGAUCUUGUCAGAGGUCUCAUGGUGGACAUGCCUUGCUCAGAGGGGGUUGGAAAUGUGGCACAGCUUGAUGAUCUGACCCAACACUUCACUCAGAGUCUUCUGGCUGCAGCUCAGGCAACAGAGGCCGCGAAACACCAGUUCAAGGACACAGUGCGCAAGGCCAAGCGUGCAUAA